AUGCUGGAAUCACUUGCAGCUGGAUUGCUGAAUCGGUUUCUUGGUUCUUAUGUCGAGAACUUUGAUCCGAAACAGCUGAACGUUGGUAUUUGGAGUGGCGAUGUCAAGCUUAAAAAGUUGAAACUGAAAAAGGAAUCCCUUGACGCGCUAGACCUUCCCAUAGACGUACGCUUUGGGUUCCUGGGCGAUCUCACACUACUCGUUCCAUGGUCCAGCCUGAAAAAUAAACCUGUCAAGAUUCUUAUCGAAGAUGUCUAUUUGUUGUGCGGGCCCCGCGAUCAGUCGGCCAAGUCUUUUGCGGAAGAUGAGGAACGCGAACUUAGACUCAAACUCCAGAAAUUAGAUGAAUACGAAGCCCUUGGAAAGUCACAACCCACCGGAAAAGAAGAUUCUUCGAGUUCUGAGAGCUUUACCCAAUCAUUGCUCACCAAGGUUGUGGAUAAUCUCCAAAUAUCCAUUAAAAACAUACAUAUCCGGUAUGAGGACAUGGAUUGCGUUUUUGGAGAAGUUCCAUACUCUUUGGGUGCGACAUUAAGUGAGCUCUCGAUUGUCUCGACUGACGAGCACUGGGAGCCAAGCUUCAUUUCAAUAACAAGCUCCAUUGCGCGUAAGCUAUUGACGUUGAACUCCCUCUCAGUAUAUUGGAACACGGACUGUGAAAGUGUGUAUCACCCAGAUCACGAUGAGCUUUUCAGACGUCUUCGCAAUUCCAUCAGUAGCAAGAAGAACAUACCUGACCAUGAAUUCCUGCUAAGGCCUGUCACUGGAAUUGGCAGACUUGUCUUGAGCAAAAAAGGAUCCACUGAAACUAAUCCACAUGUUGACAUUGCGCUAGUAUUUGAUGAAUUUGGAUUUGAUAUUAAUAAUUGCCAAUACGAGGACAUUUUGAAUACUGCCUCGAAACUACAUUGGUAUCAAAAAACUUUGAAAUCCAGGAAACAUAGACCUAAUUUCCCAGUGAGCGAAGACCCAAAAGCUUGGUUCAAAUACGCGGCGAAAGCUGUUUUGCAAGAAGUCCAUGAGAAAAACUACAAAUGGAGUUGGGACUAUAUAAAAUGGAGGAGGGAUAGAAGAAUUGAAUAUAUCCCUUUAUGGAAGAAAAAGCUGGGCACUGAAAAGAAAACGCAAAGCCUUUCUGAUGAGGAGCAGCAGAAGCUUAAAGAACUGCACAAAGAGCUCUCAUUUGAAGACAUUAAGCUCUUUAGAGCGCUAGCAAAAAAAUCAUAUCUCACCGAAAAACUGGAAGUCAGUAACUCUGCAGCGGAAUCCAAAGGCUCAUCUGCUGCUGGCUCUUCUGGCUGGUUCUCUUCUUGGUGGAAUGGCAACUCACCGCAGAAUGACGAUGACUUGGUCAUGUCGGAAGAGCAACAACAAGAACUUUAUGAUGCCAUUGAAUUCGAUGAGAAUAAGCAAGUUAUUGAUUCAAUUGACAUUCCCAAAGACAGAAUUACUGCAAAGGUGACAUGCGUCUUAAACCGAGGGUCGCUUUCCAUUGUUGACAAGAAUAGGUCCAUCAAGUUAGGGGAAAUGGUGUUUGAGGGGUGCGAAACAGAAUUUUUGCAGCGACCAGAUUCUUUUUUUUGUUCUUUCAAGUUACAUGAGUUCAAGGUUGAAGAUGGAUCCCCUAACACAUUAUACAAGCAUAUUGUCAGCGUGAAGAAUUUGCAAAUGAACGAAGGAAAUGUAUCUCAACAUGAUGAGCCUUUUUUCAAAGUUGCAGUCGAGAAGAACCCAUUGGACGAUUCGGCUGAUAGCAAGAUCGAUAUCAAGCUUCGCAGUAUGACUAUUUUCUAUCAUGUUCACUUCGUCAAUGAAAUAAUUAAACUCUUCCGUCCACCCCGCCAGCACCUUGAUACUAUCGGUGCUAUUAUGAGUGCGGCCGAAGCUACUGUUGAGGGUUGGACUGUCCAGACGAGGAUGGGUCUGGAAUCCAUUUUGGAGGACCACAAAACUGUUAAUCUGAGUUUAGAUCUCCAGGCGCCUCUCCUUAUAAUUCCUUUAGACCCUCAUGUAUGGGCCUCCCCAUGUGCUGUGAUAGAUGCAGGUCAUAUGUCAAUAGUGAGUGAUUUAGUGCCCAAGGAAACUCUCACGAAAUAUAAGAAUAUGAGCUCGAGCGAGUACGAAAAGCUUGACACUAGAGACAUCAAGCGACUUAUGUUUGAUAGGUUCAAACUUCGCCUAACAGAUACCCAGUUCCUUAUUGGACCCGACAUUCGAUCCACAAUUUCAAAUCUCAACGUUAGCGAGAGAGAGAGCUCCUUUGUCAUUUUGGAUAAGUUAGAAGUUGAACUGGACGUUGACGUCUCUAUUCUUCCCAAGGCGUUGAAUUUGCCAAAGAUCAAAAUUUAUGGAAAACUGCCCCUUUUAAAGCUAUCCUUGAAUGACUAUCAAUACAAGGUCAUGAUGCAACUCAUUGAUCAGUGCCUGCCUGACCUCGAUUAUCCUGAGAGCGAUUUAGACUCUGUUGACCCUAAAACAUCGAGUGACAGCAAAAUUUUGAACAGUUUAGAAAGCAAAGAGGUAGCAAUUUUGCGGCAGACCUUGUCUCGGCUUCAGAAAAUGUCAGAAGCUGAACUGAAGCAGAGACUACUCCAAUUGACCUUCGAUGUUGAAGUGAUUCAACUAUCGAUAUUCAAAUGCAACAAUGCAGAGACCAUGAAAUCAGACCUGCUAGUCGACUUAUUUGGAGAUAGAAUGCAUUUGACAUUUGCAAAAAAGGCCCAAGAUAUGGACUUACAUCUAAAUCUUCAGUCUUUUAAAGUUGUCGAUCAUAUUGACAGUGGUGCAAGUUCAGAGUUUAAAAACAUGAUAGCGUCAUCGAAUGAAAACACACAAGCGUCUCACUUAUUUGAACUUAAAUUGAACAGGGCACAAAGAAUCGUUACAUAUAAUAACACGUUGAUUGAAGUUUUCGAUCAGGACGUCAGCCUUGAUAUGACUGAGCUGACAUUUGUCCUGACGCCCAAAUCAAUUUUGACUAUACUCAACUAUACCCUCACUACUUUCACCAAUCCGGAGGCCCCAGAGUUACCUGGUGAUGCCUUGAAGCACAACUCUCCAGAUUUGGCGGACGCGCCGCAGAAAAUUAACCUGCGCAUGAAUAUGGAUAACAUUAUCGUUAUUCUGAACGAUGAUUCUGUUAAAUUAGCUACAUUCCGACUAAGCGCAGCUCAGAUAGAACAGCUUCUGCUUCCAGAAAAAAUGAAAAUCAACGCGAAGCUAGGGGCUAUGCAAUUGACAAAUGAUGCUGAUGAUGGUUUAUCGAUAGACUCGCCUUUGAGGGAACUUAUUAGUAUGAGCGGCUCUGAGCUUGCUGAGUUGACGUAUGAAACAUUCGAUCCUUCAACCGAAAAAUUGGACUACAGUUCCCUUUUAAAAUACAAAACGGGUUCGAUGAACGUUAACUUUGUGGACCACGCUGUCAACAAGAUAGUAAAUUACCUCGCCAAAUUCCAAAAAAUGAAAGUUUUCUUUGACAGAGCCCGCGAGGCUGCGUACAAUCAGGCAGGUAACAUUGAAACAGUCAAUAAUAUCAAGCUGGAUAUCCUAGUGAGAGCCCCUGUCAUAACCUUCCCGAAGUUGAUUGACCCUCGGAGAAACCUGUUUGAUCAUGUUUCUUUCUUUUUGGGAGAGUUCUUUCUGCAAAACUCUUUCCAUAAUGAAGGCGAAAGAUUGGUAAAUAAAAUAAAAGCGGGAAUACGCUCAGGUAACCUAGGCUCAACGUUUCACAUGGAGCACGAACUUACUCAAAAUUUGCACAUCAUUGAGAACCUGGAUCUUCACUUUGAUAUUGACCAUUAUCAGGGCACUAAGCAAAUACCUGUCAAAAUCGACGCCAAAGGUGUUUUUGAACCUUUAGCUGCUCACUUAACUGAAUUACAACUUCAGUAUAUUUAUCUGCUGAGCCAGAGGCUUCCAAAUGCGUUUAUCAUAGAUUAUUGUGAAGAUGACUUUGCAGAAAUUCAAGAUGUUGCAAGAAACGCCAAUACUUUUGUUUCGCCGGAAGCAAAAACAGAGACGAAGCCUGACCCAAUUUUAUUUACUGAGGAAGAAGACCGGACCUCGGAAACCGAGUUUAGUGUUAAUUUUACGGCACCCCAGCUUUCUCUGACCAUUUACAAUGAUACCAAGAAUUCAUCGGAUAUAAGCCAGAGUGGAAUUACAAAAAUCAGCCUGAAUGAUAUUGGUCUUUCGCUCGGCAUUGACAAGGACUCGCGUAUGAGGGCGGAAACUCACAUAGCUUCGUUCACAGUCGAUGACAUCCGGAAGGUCAAACAGAAUAAGCACGAUAAGAUCAUUCCCAAAGUGUCGCAUGACAGCUAUCAAUUUAUGGCUUCAUACACCAAAGAACAACAUGAAUCACUAACGGUUGAUAAUGUUAAUGUUACGGUUGAUAGUCCAAGAAUCAUUCUUGCACUAGAUUAUCUUUUUGCCUUGAAAUCAUUCAUUGAUGCAUCUGUGAAUAUCAAUCCUCCCGCCAAGGUGUUUGAUAAAUCCCCCGCGCAUGCCAGCCCGCCAGCCCUGGAGCAAGAACAACAACCGUCAUCUACCAAAUUCCAGUAUUCUAUUAACGUCGUUGACAGUUCUCUGGUCCUUCUGUCGGAUCCUUCCGAAGAAAAUACCGAGGCAAUAGUGUUUAACGUUGGGCAACUACUUUUUGCAGACCAAAACAUCAUGACUGCUAGUGCCAAUAACAUUGGCAUGUUUCUCUGUAGAAUGCAAUCUUUCGACAAAAAUCGGAUUCGCUUACUUGAUGAUUUUUCAUCAAGCAUUCUUUUUGACCAAAGAAGUUCGACGUCUGAAAAGCUUAUAACUGAUGUUCAUGCUUCAGUUGAGCCUCUCGUUAUGAGACUUGCUUUGAGAGAUAUCAGGUUAGCCAUGUCCAUUUUCAACAAAGCCAUGACUCUCGCAAGGGAACAUGGGCUGAGUCCACAGGUUGAGCCAGAAGCAGACGAAUCAGGUACGAAGUAUGGUUCAUUUUCCAAAGAAUUUAAGAAAACCCUUUCACGGUAUGCCCCCAGUAUUGUUUCAUCUAUGAGCAAUAUUUCAAAAUCAGAUGACAUUAGUGAGGAAGAAUUGGAGACCAUUGUUAAACAUGAAAAGCUGGAAGCUAAUUUUGAGGGCUUAAGAUUGGUCCUGAUUGGUGAUAUUCAUGAACUUCCAAUAAUUGAUUUGAGCAUUAAACCUUUUACGUUAAACGCCAAGGAUUGGACCAACGAUGUUGAGGCUGUCGCAUCUAUUGAAACCUACGCUAAUGUGUUCAACUACUCUAGAUCUAGUUGGGAACCUCUUUUAGAAACUGUGCCUUUAUCUUUCCAUUUAUCGAAGGGCAUAGAAACAGAUGCUGCCUUGUGUUUUGAUAUCAUUUCUCGUCAACUUGCCGAAGUGUCUCUUUCAUCGCGUACGAUAGCAUUGCUCUCUCAGAUCCCAAAUUCACUUUAUUAUACAAAAGAUACAGAAGCUAGGGGAGCAACGAAGCCUUAUAAGAUUUGCAAUGACACAGGGAUGGACUUGAAAAUAUGGAUUGCGUCCGAGAAACCCCAAUCAAAAGACCAGAUAACAAUACUUAAAAGCGGAGAAACAAUCCCUUGGGAGUUUGAAGACUGGAGAAAAGUUCGUGAGAACUUGGAUACAGACGACUCAAUGAAUACGUUAGGAGCUAGUAUUGAAGGAGGGCAUUAUGAAUCAACUUUGAAGAUUGACGUGACCUCCGAAGGGGAAGAUGUUUACACCCUCCAGCCGAAAGUGAAUGGGGUCCAUACAAGGCUGGCUUGUGAGUUGAAGCUUUGUGAAGAUAACGUUAAGCUCUUGAUUAUAAGAUCUACUCUGACCUUAGAGAACGCUACAAGUGAUUUGCUUGAGUUUAAGCUAUCAAAUGAAGACGGAAUCUUCACCAUAAAUCCAGGAGAGUCCCGCUCAAUCCCUGCUGAAAAGGCGUAUAGCUCUCGUUUCCUUUUGAAGCCAAGUGGGAACUACGGCUGGUCAAGAGAAAGUAUAUCAUGGAGGGAUCUGAUGUCCCGCCCACGCUCUGUUGUCUGUGAGAAUAAAGAAGAUCCUGCACUUUUCUACUAUGAAGUUGAUGCUAAAUUCGACAAAGAAGAGCCUCUGGCAAGCAUAUAUCCUCAUAUGAAAGUCAUCAUCUCGUCCCCUCUUAUUUUGGAGAACUUGCUGCCCUAUUCGAUGAAAUACAAGCUCUUUUGGAGAUCAGAGAGCGCAAACGCCACAAAAGGGAAAGAGGAAACAGAAACUCGUCUUCUUCACAAAGGUGAAAGAGUGCUAAUUCACAGCGUCACAUUACGUGACUACCUUUUACUGGCGGUACAGCCAAUGGACGAUGGUCUUCAAAUGUCAGAGCAGUCUCUUAUUAACACUAGGCCUAAUUCUGAAUUGAAGGCAGAAAGCAAGCUAUUUUUGAAAUACGAGAACGGCCAAAAGCUGAACCUUAACCUCCAUUAUCGAACAGUGGAAGGCUCUCGUGCUAAAAUCAUUAGUGUUUAUUCGCCAUACGUUAUUUUGAAUGGAAGCAACAGAGAUAUUCAAGUUGAGGGUGAUAGAAACAACAUUGCGAUAUCCAAAGUGCUCUUAAAAGAUGAUUCUUCAAAAUACACGAACCCUCGAAUGUUUUCUUUCGAGCGCGAUAGAUCUAACAAAAACAGAGCACGCAUAAAGUUCAAGGACUCAGAUUGGAGUGUGAGGACGUCUUUUGAUGCGAUAGGUCAGUCGGUUGAUUUAACAAUGGAUAUACCUAACAAGAAUCAGGAAAGCAAUAUCGGAGUCGUUGUGUCCGAAGGCGAAGGAAAGUAUGCUCUCAGUAAAAUCAUAAAGAUCAUGCCCAGAUAUAUUUUGCGAAACAAUCUGGACGUGGAUUUAGAAGUCAGCGAAUAUGGAUCCAGCAAUGUACUCACGGCUUUUUCAAAAGUCUCUUUCCCGUUAUACAAGAUGAGAAAUAUUGUAAACAAGCAUCUCAGCAUUAAGUUCCUUGGGUCUCAGUCUGAAUGGUCUUCUCCCUUUAUGAUUAAGGAUAUUGGUUCAAGUUACGUUAAGGUACUGAAAAACAGAUCUGGACAUCAGCUUUUGAAGUUAGAUAUUGUUCUGGAAGAUUCAACCAUAUUCAUAAGCAUUGAUAAUGCGGACGGAGAAUGGCCAUACUCGAUCAGAAAUUUUUCUGAUCACGAAUUCAUCUUCUAUCAGCGGGAUCCUCAUACUUUUGAUACGGAGGAAGAUUAUGAUCUCUACGAUGAUUUGGGAGACAUGAAAUAUGAAGCUCUAUACUACAGAGUUCCUCCAAGAAGCGCCAUGCCCUAUGCAUGGGACUAUCCGGCUGCUAGACAAAAGAAGCUGGUUUUAGUCUGUCGUCAACGUCAGCGGGAGAUACAGCUAGCUGAAAUAGGUAACCUCAGGCCAAUGAGGAUUCCGUCACGAAAUGGGAACGAAGCACCAGCCAUCGUCGAUCUCAAUGUUGUGGCUGACGGCCCUACGCAAGCUUUAAUCAUCACUAACUAUCGCCCCGAAUUAAGUCUUUACAAACUCAAAACGGGCAACACUACUAGCUCAUCCUUAUCUUCGGAUAAGGGAGAUCGUUUUGAAGUUAGGGAUGAAGACAAAAACGUCUUUACUAAAGUCGUAGUUUCGUUUGAAGGUGUUGGAAUUUCUUUGAUCAAUACUCGUCUACAAGAGCUUUGCUAUGUGACGCUCAACGGGCUCGAACUUCGCUACAACGAAUCAGACCUAUACCAAACAGCUAGUGUAAAAUUGAAAUGGCUUCAAAUUGAUAACCAGUUGUUUGGAGGCAUUUUCCCUAACAUCCUUUACCCAACAGCCAUUCAAAAAACUGCGAAGGAAUUGAACAACCACCCAGUGCUCUCAGGAUCUGUAUCGAAAGUCAAAGAUGACACACACGGCGUCCUGUAUCUCAAACAUGCAACCCUUCUACUUCAAGAGCUCACUGUCCAGCUUGAUGAGGACUUUUUGAUGGCUUUAAUUGACUUUACGAAAGUGCCAGGAGCCUCUUGGGUUAACAAUGUUGAAGACAAUAUGUGCACUGAGUGUACAAUGCUUUCAUAUCCAAGUGAGCUUCAAAGAAACAACGACAUUUACUUUGAAGUAUUCCACUUGCAGCCAACCAUGUUGCAUCUUUCAUUUGUCCGUACAGAGCGCCUGAAUGUCGAGGGUGAAAAGGUGGACCCUCAGAAUACAUUGAUGUUCUUUACCAAUGUUUUGACUAUGGCGUUUGCCAACAUUAACGAUGCACCUAUCAAACUUAACUCGUUAUUUUUGGAUAAUGCCAAGGUGCCUUUGCCAAUGCUAAUGAGUGCGAUACAGGUUCAUUACGGGCAGCAGUUCUUCUAUCAGAUCCACAAAAUACUUGGUUCGGCUGACUUUUUGGGGAAUCCAGUGGGGCUUUUCAACAAUAUCAGCUCUGGCGUGUGGGAUAUCUUUUACGAACCAUACCAGGGAUACAUGAUGAAUGACAGGCCACAAGAAUUGGGCAUUAGUAUAGCCAAAGGUGGCCUGAGCUUCGUCAAAAAGUCUGUUUUUGGGCUUUCUGACAGUUUCGCGAGAUUCACUGGCUCGGUAGCCAAGGGUCUGUCAGUUGCUACACAGGAUGCACAAUUCCAAGAGAGACGACGCUUGGAGCAGCGCAAGGCGAGGAACAAUAAGAGUAUUAACGGUUUCGGCUCCGGCGCAACAUCUUUUGUAAAUGGUGUCAGCAGCGGGCUUAGAGGUAUUGCUUUCGAUCCGUAUCAAGGCGCUUCUAAAGAAGGGGUCCCUGGCUUUUUGAAGGGCCUAGGAAAGGGACUAGUCGGCCUCCCAACAAAGACCGCGAUUGGCAUGUUGGACCUUGCCAGCAAUGUCAGUGAGGGUAUCAGGAACACGACAACUGUGAUGGACGGCUCGCUCACUACUCAGGUGCGUCUCCCUAGGUAUAUCGGAUACGAUAAGAUCAUUAAACCAUACAAUUUGCGUGAGUCGCAGGGCCAAUACUGGCUCAAGAGCGCCAAUGGUGGCGAAUGCAUAACGGAUCAGUACUUGGCGCACGUAGUGUUGCCUGGAAAACAGCUUGCCGUGCUGGUAUCUCUGCAGCACAUAAUUGAGGUCAGGCUUGCUAGUCUCGAGAUCAUGUGGAAAGUUCGCUACACAGACGUUCGCUCCAUGACGCUGGAGAGGGCCGGUCUUGUUAUAGUACUCAAGGGCGCAUCCAGUGAGCUGUUUGUGCCUAUCUCAGACCCUGAAGAGAAGAGGUUCCUCUACAAGAACAUCUCUGUCGCAGUUAACGAAUACAACAAGUACUGUCAGGCGGAACUAUGA